UUGGAGAUUGCUGCCCAAAGAGAAUCUCCUUCAGCUCCCUGGCAGACGGGGUAAGGGCCUCCGGAACCCCAGGCGAGUCAGAGCAGGAGCCGGUAGGGUUAUCUGUGUCAGGAUCAUUUCCAGGGGAAUAGUUCUGGCCCCUGACUGGUAACGGCAGGACAGAGAGAAGAGAGCAGAAGAGGAGAGAGAGCACACAACUCCUAGCCCAACGGGCUCCUUGUGAGCAGACCAAGUUGGAGGAAGGCUCUAUCUGUACUUUCUGCAGCAUUCCUCCUGCUGGGAUAUCCCUCUCACCUUGGCAGCCAGGCUGACAAAGGGCUCCAGGGUCCCUGCAGAAUGACAACUCUUGUUCCUGCAACCCUCUCCUUACUUCUCCUCUGGAUCCUGCCAGGGCAGGUCCUCCUCAGAGUGGCCUUGGCAAAAGAAGAAGUCAAAUCUGGGACCAAGGGACCUCAGCCCAUGUCCCCCUCUGAUUUUCUGGACAAGCUUAUGGGGCGAACAUCUGGAUAUGAUGCUAGAAUUCGACCCAAUUUUAAAGGCCCACCUGUGAACGUGACUUGCAACAUCUUCAUCAACAGUUUUGGCUCUGUCACUGAGACUACUAUGGACUAUCGGGUGAAUGUCUUCUUGCGGCAGCAGUGGAAUGACCCGCGCCUAGCCUACCAAGAAUAUCCUGAUGACUCUUUGGACCUUGAUCCCUCUAUGCUGGAUUCUAUCUGGAAGCCAGACCUAUUCUUUGCCAAUGAGAAAGGGGCCAGCUUCCAUGAGGUGACCACAGACAAUAAGUUACUACGCAUCUUCAAGAAUGGGAAUGUGCUCUACAGCAUCAGGCUGACCCUCAUUUUAUCUUGCCCAAUGGACCUCAAGAACUUCCCCAUGGACAUCCAGACAUGCACCAUGCAGCUGGAGAGCUUUGGCUACACCAUGAAUGACCUCGUGUUUGAGUGGCUGGAAGAUGCUCCUGCUGUCCAAGUGGCUGAGGGGCUGACUCUGCCCCAGUUUAUCUUGCGAGAUGAGAAGGAUCUAGGCUACUGUACCAAGCACUACAACACAGGAAAAUUCACCUGCAUCGAGGUAAAGUUUCACCUGGAGAGGCAGAUGGGCUACUAUCUGAUUCAGAUGUACAUCCCCAGCCUACUCAUCGUCAUCCUGUCCUGGGUCUCCUUCUGGAUCAACAUGGAUGCCGCCCCUGCCCGUGUGGGCCUAGGCAUCACCACUGUGCUCACCAUGACAACUCAGAGCUCUGGCUCCCGGGCCUCUUUGCCUAAGGUGUCCUAUGUGAAGGCAAUUGACAUCUGGAUGGCUGUGUGCCUGCUCUUCGUGUUCGCUGCCCUACUGGAGUAUGCUGCUGUCAAUUUUGUAUCUCGUCAGCAUAAGGAAUUCAUACGACUCCGAAAAAGGCAGAGGCGCCAAAACAUGGAGGAAGAUAUCAUCCGAGAAAGUCGCUUCUAUUUCCGUGGCUAUGACCUGGGCCACUGCUUGCAGGCAAGGGAUGGAGGUCCAGGGGAAAGUUCUGGUAUUUAUAACCCCCAACCUCCAGCCCCUUUUCUAAGGGAAGGAGAAACCAUGCGGAAACUCUAUGUGGACCAGGCCAAGAGGAUUGACACCAUCUCUCGAGCUGUCUUCCCCUUCACUUUCCUCAUCUUCAACAUCUUCUACUGGGUUGUCUAUAAAUUGCUACGGUCAGAAGAUAUUCACCAGGCACUGUGAAUAGGGUGAGAGCUAGAGAGUCCGGCUCUUGACUUCCUGCUUCCUCCUGGGUGGGCCUCCCCCUCCAUUAGAUUCCAUCAGGGGCUUAGAAAAUUCAUUUCUGAUCUCCCACUCAGAACCUCAGUGGCCAAUACCAAAGCUAUGUGGGUCUACACUGCAUGGUGCCAGUGGUGGCUGUACUUAGAAAGAUGGCUUCUCUGUUCUAAUCCAAUUUUUCUCCAUGUUAUCCCAUUUCUCAUGAGAAUAAGAUUUGGCCAUGUUCCUGGGACAAAGAUGACCUUCUUCUCUUGCUGGAGACUCUCUGUUUUCCAGUUCUCCAGUGGAGAAUAUUUAGACCAUUGCUACUAUAUUCUGGCAUUUGUUAUCUUAAUCUGCACCAUUCUUUGCCCUGCCAUGCCCCCCACCCACCCAGAGCCUGGCUUUACUCUACCCUCUAUCCCUCCUACCACAGGCUCAAAUAGGGAGGUUUUUCCCAUCCACAAGUUCUGCCCUGUGUGACCCAGUCACUUUUCCUUGACUGUGGGAAGAAGGCAAGGUGACAUGUUUCCCACAUCUCAGCAAGGUUGGAAUAGCCAUAAGCUGCACUGAGGUAGGGCAUUGCUAUAUGACUGAACGGAGAAGUCUUCAGAUCUCAUAGGAUGCUCAACACUGUCAGAAUGGGGGCAGGAAUCUUGGACUCUCGAAAAAGCUACCCUUCCAGAUCCAUCUGAACUUAGAGUCUCAGAAAUAUUUGUUUUAUUCCCUAACUAGUAUGGUGGUAAAGUGUGUUUGGCUGCUGGGGAAUGUAAAAAGAGAAAAAUGCUUACUUUUUAAGAAACCUCUCAACAAUGUUAGAAAAUUUUCAAGAUAAGUAAGAUCCAAGGUAGUAGGACCCAGGAGGAGUAAAAUAUAGAAACUAUCCUCAGAAAAUCUUUUGUUGGCUGGGCCUUUAUUUUUUUUUUUUUUUCGUUUUCCCCAAAGUCUCUUUAUUUCACAGGGCCCCUCAUUGUUAACUUGCCCUUUAACCUUCUUUUAUUAAGCAUAUAAUAGUGCCAUUCAACCUUGUCCAGGAUAAAGUGGGCUUCAACCUUCCUAGAAAGGAACUAGACAUAUAGAGGACCCCUAUCCUGGACAAACAUUGGCUUGGCGAACCUCAGGGUAGUAAUUGUAGAAGUUAAAGGGCCGUAAGUCGGAGUUAUUUCGUAACCCUUCUCUUGUUUCCCUUCUCAUUCCACAGUCAGUGGCAGUCAGUUGAAGUGACCAGAAAUGUCAGAAUAGAAGAGGUGUGGAAGAGCCCAUUUCAGGCUUAAAAUACCACUGGGACAUGGGGAAGCAUGGGUCUGGUAUGCUGAAUCCUUUGAAGUGACCCAACUAUGAAGACCUGAGAAAGGGAAUAUUAAAGUACAGGGCUAACAGCUGAAAGACAGGUCAUCAAAUUAUCUUUUAAAUAUCUUGACCUUUUCUCUGGACCUAGAAUAAUUAACUAUGUGAGUCCAAUCUCUCUCUCUCUUCCUCUCUGUUUCAUUGCUCUCUCCCCUUUUCUCCCUUCCUCUCAUCCUCAAGACUUACUUUCUAAAUUGAAAGUAAGUAAAUAAAUCCAAUGAUCAAAGCAAAUCCUACAGUCAAAGCAAGAGCUCACCUUUCUUUCCCCCUUUUUCCUAUUGAGCUUGUCAGUUCUUUCCUGUUCACUGCUAUACUCCUCUUGUCUGUCUCUAAGCUAUGAGGAGAGCAUUCUGGGCUGACCAGGGUAGCCGGACCAGGAGUUAAUCUUACUGAUGAUAUUAACUAUAACUGCCAGUGAGAUUCAAAACAAAAGGACUGGCUUAAGGGAGGAGAUUAAAUUAAGAGGGCAGAGAGCCCCUGUUUUCCCAUUUCUGCCCAGGUAGUGCCAACCAAUGAGAGGCCACAAGCAAUACCCCUUUGAAAGGAGCAGAGAGUAUCUCUUUGAUACUCUCCAUGGCAGGGCUGGAGUGUCAGGCUGCAGCAGCUCGAAGGCGGGGGUAGUGGGGGGUGGACUAUGGAGAUGAGCUUAUUGCACAGAGCUCUACUUGUUAUAGAUCUUGUCCAGAUGGGCCAAACUGCACAAAUCCGCCCUGUUGGAAGUCUCAAGAACAAUGCCCUGGAGACAGCUACAGUACUGAGCAAUAGAGCCUGCCCAACUGGGACUCAGAUCAGGGCAUCAGCUGGUGCUGGGAGCCAAAGAAGCCAAAGUACCAACCAACAUAAUAGCCCAAAGGAGUCCACAAAGCUACUCAGAGGCAAUGCCAGGUGGAAGGUACUCUCCCUCCCUAUCAGAGCCCCCAAGUGGAGAAGGGAGACACAUGGUGCAGAAACAGGUGCAAAUGGCUUUCAUUUUCCUCCCCCUUCCCACGUAUGCUCAGGGGAAGGGAGGUGGAAAAGCUUGGUCCCACUGGAAACAUCUGACAUCUAGCAUUCCAUUCAAUCAUGACAUUCUUGAACUUGGACCCUUUUCACCACAGUAAACUGGCAGGAGGUGAUAGAAGAGUCUCACCUGCAGGUCACUUUCAUUUACCCUCAUAGUACUUACCCCUCCAGAGACCUGAAGGAACUACUGGAACCUACUUUCUGACUGAAUCACAUAUAAAAGUGAUUUUAAGUUUUAAAACAGC